AUGUACAAGGUAGCAAACGCUUCAGAAUACCUCGCAAUAACUGGAGUUGGAAUCCGCGACAUAAAGCUCGCAAAGAAAGCAUGGAUUUUCCCUGGCCAAUCAUGCACCGUCUUCGAUCUCUCUCCGGUGAAUUACACCUUCCAAGUUCAAGCAAUGAGCGCCGAGAAGCUCCCUUUCGUUCUCCCUGCGGUAUUCACAAUCGGUCCAAGAAUCGAUGACAAAGAAAGCCUUCUCAAAUAUGCUAAGCUUCUCUCUUCCCACGACAAGCUCUCUAACCACGUGAAUGAACUCGUGGAAGGAAUCAUCGAGGGAGAGACACGUGUUCUCGCUGCAUCCAUGACCAUGGAAGAUAUUUUCAGAGGUACCAAAGACUUUAAACAAGAGGUGUUCGAGAAGGUUCAGUUAGAGCUAAACCAGUUCGGGCUUUUGAUUUACAACGCGAACGUGAAGCAAUUAGUGGAUGUGCCUGGUCACGAGUAUUUCUCUUAUUUGGGACAGAAGACUCAAAUGGAAGCUGCGAACCAAGCCAAGGUUGACGUGGCAGAGGCAAAGAUGAAGGGAGAGGUUGGAGCGAAGAUGAGAGAGGGAAAAACGCUUCAGAAUGCGGCGAGGAUUGAUGCGGAGACAAAGAUUAUAGCGACGCAGAGGGAAGGAGAGGGGAAGAAGGAAGAGAUAAAGGUGAGGACUGAGGUGAAGGUGUUUGAGAAUGAGAGAGAGGCUGAGGUGGCAGAGGCCAAUUCCGAGCUUGCUAAGAAGAAGGCUACGUGGGCUAAGGCGGCACAGGUGGCCGAGGUUGAGGCGGCGAAAGCGGUGGCGCUUAGAGAAGCCGAGUUGCAGGGAGAGGUUGAAAGGAUGAACGCCUUUGCAGAAACCGAGAAGCUUAAAGCUCAGUUUCUCAGCAAAGCUAGCGUUGAGUAUGAUACCAAGGUACAAGAAGCCAACUGGGAGCUGUACAAGAAACAAAAAGCGGCGGAAGCAAUAUUGUUUGAGAAGGAGAAAGAGGCAGAAGCACAGAAAGCAUUGGCGGCGGCAGCAUUUUACAGUCGGCAACAAGCAGCAGAAGCAGAUUUCUAUGCAAAGAAAAAGGAAGCAGAGGGGCUGGUGGCCCUUGGCCAAGCCCAAGGGGCAUAUUUAAGGACCCUUCUCGAUGCAUUGGGAGGUAACUAUGCUGCUUUAAGGGACUAUUUGAUGUUAAAUAAUGGCCUGUUUAAAGACAUUGCCAAGAGUAAUGCCGAUGCUAUACGUGGACUUCAACCUAAGAUUAGUAUCUGGACUAAUGGUACUGGGGAAGCAAAUGAUGGCAGUGGUGGUGGAACGGCUAUGAAGGACGUUGCUAGUGUGUAUAAGAUGUUACCACCUCUGUUCAAGACAGUCCACGAGCAAACCGGUAUGCUGCCACCGUCUUGGAUGGGAACCUUGCCCGACAAAAGUUCCUAGCUGUGCCACAUCAAUUCAGUAUAUAUAUAUAUAUAUAUAUUUAAUAAGCUCCCAUUUAGUG